UUUGACACAACUUUGGCAGAUUGUUGCGAUUGUCUCUCGCAUGAUGAAUGGACAGCAAGCACCACCAGCUUGCGCACACUUUUUUGAGCCUUCGUUCUCGGAUGUUCUGAGCAACCUCAAAUCUAAUGCAACCACACAAGUCAUCCUGGAAAGAUGCGCUAUGUAUCUGGAUCCUGACACAUUGGGCCAUGAUCUUAGUUCAUGUGACAUGAUGUUCAUCCCGGUUUGCGAGAAUAAUCACUGGCACGUGCAUGUUGUUAAUUUUGCAGCUGGAAGAGUUGAGAUACUUUCGUCAUUGCCCCUAAGGCGGGGCAACAACAUCAGUGCUGCAACACGACGAUUAUCAAUGGCACUCCACAAAGCACUGCAUGCAUAUAGAAUCCAUAUGGAUGCGGAUGUCUCAAGUUUUGUGCAUGUCCAACCACACCUUCUCCAACAGCUGAAUGGGUAAAGUAUUCAGAUAUUCCAACGAAAACAAACAUUUCUAAAU